UCCUCUUUGCUCAUGAGCUUCUCCACAAGGGAAGAUUUGGGUACACUUGUGUUCGCCAGUACUGAUCUGCUGUUCCAUUUCUCCGAUCCGAUUUCGCCACUCUGAAUCUCCGUCUGCUAGGGUUUUCCCUCUGAGAGCCGAUGAGACGUUUUGCUCUGCCUGCUCUGCUUCUUUUUCUAACUUUGGCGUUGCUGCAGGACCUCUGCUUCGCCCAAGUCAACGGCACGUUCUUACGCGAGACCUUCAACGAGACGUUUGAGGGGCGAAGCGUCGUCUUUGAGAAAGAGGACUACCGAGGACAUUCAAAAGAUUCUGAAAAACUCUUCAAAGAACUGUGGGCAACUUUGGAGGAGAACCUUGAAAGUGAAAUGAUUCGAACAGUGGGACCAGAGGGUUUCACUGCUGCAAAUUCAAGUAGCUUGAGAGGUAUGGUGAAUUCACCAAAAUCCUGGGGCUACAACUUUGCUGCCGUAAUUUUUGAGGGCUAACUCUUUUGGUUUGAAUGUGACAGCAAUGGGAAAUCAUAUUUGAGCGAGUGAGGGGGUUAAAGAGAAAAGAGAGGAAGAACUUGAUAGAGCCCAUCGGGGCAAGAGGCCUGCAACUGCUUACGCUACUCCAAGUCAUCCCCAAUUGAUGGGCUUAUGAACCAUGGUCAGUCAGUGGCUGCACUAGCUACUCAAGGACCUCUGUUGUCAACCGACAAAGGUACACAAAUACAAAUGAGGGGGGCUA